GCAUAUAGUGUAACGGCGUGAGACGUCACGGUUGCAGUAGUAUACAACAGCUUCCAGAUCACCGUGUCGGACCGUUUAAGUUAUGUUGGCUAAACGUGCUUCUUUUGCAUUAGUUAAGAACCAGUACUUUCUUAAACAGAGGUCCAUACUGCUAUCACGUUUAUUGUGCAAUUCCAAGAUAGUUCCUGGAAGUGGUGCCAAAUGGCAGGAAGUCCUUACUUAUUGGUUUGGACCUGGAGCGGAAAAGAAAUGGUUUAAUGGUGGGCCCGCUGUAGAUGCUGAGAUCAGGAAAAAGUUUGGCAAAUUGGUUGAUGAGGCAUAUCAAGGUGGUCUCAAGGACUGGGAACUUGAUCCCAAGCCCUCUCUGGCAUUGAUAAUACUGUGUGAUCAAUUUACUAGAAAUAUUUACAAGGGAACCCCUAAAGCUUUUGGAGGUGAUGUUAGAGCAAGGGUAAUGACAUCUAAGUUUUUAGAAAGAUCAACACAUGACCACAGGAAGCAUAGUCUGUCAGAACGGUCCUUCAUCUACAUGCCACUAAUGCACAGUGAAAAUAUACAAGAUCAGGUUACAUCAGUGCAGUUAUAUGAGCGCCUGGCCCAAGAUGCAACUAGUACACCUUAUGCACAGCAAACAAGAUUAAACUUUGACUUUGCCAAGAAGCACAAGGAAGUAGUUGACAGAUUUGGUAGAUACCCACAGAGGAAUGCAGUGUUACAGAGACAAAAUUCACCCGAAGAGCAAGAGUUCCUUGAUAAUCUUCCAGACAAGUACAAAUGGUAGAUCUUACAGUUAAGCAGCAUAUGUUUAUCAUUUUAUGUAAUUAUGUAAUUAGGUACAGUACAGUGUACUGUACAUUGUAAUUCAGAAAUAAAAUUUUUAAUGUUCAUAAUA